CUGGGAUAUCUAUUAACGAUGUCGUGUUGUUACGCUCGGCGCAGUUUGGGCAGUGCAGUGGUAUUUAGGAUGAAUUUAUCAAUUAUGAUGUGCCGGGAAAGUGAAUAUACAAUACUGGCGAAUGCGCGAAUGAAGCGUUCAUCCGCACGCAUUGUAGGCUGAAGCUCGCGCAGUCGGCGAGUGAGUUUUCCGAAUCGUUCGGUACACUCGGCAUCCCCGCAUAUUGGAGAUUGUGAUUAGAGGUGUCUUCGUCCUUGUUUAUGCGUGCUGUCCACUCGGCGCCGUGCUUCGUACUUGGUUAUGAGGCCCAUGCCCGGGGACGGGCCUUUGCUGCGACGGAUGUGGUACCGCGGACUUACAGCCGUCUAGAAAUCGCGGCAUAUAAUCGCGCCUUACCGCAGCUGUCAACAUGUCGACAGUCAUGAAGCUCUCCCCGCACGAUAGAAAAGAACUGGACAAGUUCACCCUGUUCUUGGCCUGCAAGUCUGUUCAAGUGAUCGUGCAGUCUCGCUUCGGCGUAAAGCAAAAAACGAAAUCUAAGCCACACGCCUCGUUGUCGGACUGGCAGUUCAACUUGGACAUACCAGACCUGCCCGAGAUCCAGACACGAGUGAAUGAAGCUAUGGCCGGCCAAAUACCCGAGCCAGGCGGGCCCAGCCUCUGUACGCAGAUUUCACUUCAGACUGUCGACGGUGACACUCUGGUGCUGGAGGUGUGGCACCUGUCUGUGAGCAACGUCUGCGACUCUUCCGUCCGGGCUAUCUACACAGUAUACAACCGCAUGAGUCUCCUACUAAAAUCACUCAUCACCAUCACGCGUGUGACGCCAGCAUACAGGCUUUCGCAUAACCAAAGUCGUGACUCCUACAUCAUCUGCUUCAAUGUCUACAUGGGGGAGCCCCAGCUAGAUAUGUUGGGUGAGGACUACAAGCGGGUGCAGGUGGGCCAAGUGGGGACACCCACAGGCACCCUGACCCUGGGAGUGGUCUACCGCACCAAGAUGACCAUCUCCCCUCAACAGGCUGUUAACCAGACCCACCCUGCCAUGAUGCUUAAGAGCGACUACUUCAAGCCCGACCUCAGUCCUCGAGGAAUGCGGAUGCGACCCAGCACGGACGUAGCAACUGAUGCCGUAAAGCGAAGCGACAAAGACUUGCCUCCAGAAGGGAUCAGGAGGCAAAGCAGCGUUGCAGGUCACAACGGAUGUGCUAAUGGGCGCAAAGAUGGGGGUGACAGUCUUGGUGAGAUGCAACAGGGUGCCUUUGCCCCUCCUUGUCCGCGAGAUCUCAAGGAGAUUGCGGCCAGGGAGGACGAGAGCCCCUGGCCUUUGCCAAAGCCUGCCUUCUCUUCGCUCCUCUCCAUGCCUGCCAAGUCAACCACGAGUAACAACUCGCGAUCAGAAGAGGACAAUGACUCUGACGUCAACGAGCCCUUUGUUGAGCCCCGGGAGGUGCUGCUUCCAGCCGAGGACUUUGUGCUGGUUGAAUUGAAACCUCCAUUUGCUGAUGGCGAGGAAGGUGGCACAGAUUUGGGCACAUUCUUCCAGGAGUGUCAGAGUGCACCGAUGCUGUCUUCAUUUUCCUGCCAGCCAACGCUAGAGCAGCAAGUGUCCGAAAUCAGUGCACAUCUGGCCGCACUGGAGUCCAGUCUGCCUGACCUGGAUCAGUUCGUCGAGUCUGUUUGCCAAAGUGAUUCUCUGAAGUGAAGACUUGUGUCAAAUGUGGAGUGUGAUUAAGGGACAGUCUAGGGCCAGUGGCGAGUCAACAGGACUGUGCAGGGAGGAUUUCCACGCCUCGAUGCAGUGGUUGAUGGAUUGUUACGAGUGUCAUUAUCAUGAGAACGUUGACAUCAUGGUGUGCUCAGUCAUGGACAAGGACUCAAGUACAAAGUGCAUGUUAAGAAUAAAAAAGGAGGAGAGAGACCCCAUGUAAGCAGAAAAAAAAAGCAUUUUGACUAGGCAAAACAAAUGGGGUUUGCUGUGGCACCCAUUUGUUGCGUGUCAGUGAGACCGGUGAAACACCACACAAGUGGCUACUGCACAUGAGAAGACCAAGGAUUGGCACAAUACACCCAAUGUUGCUGUGCCGUGUUUUGGUGCUUCUGAUUAGUCAACACCUGUGUUAACGGGGAGCUUGCAAUUUCCCUCUCAACCUGCCCGUGAAUGAAUUAGCUACUGCCAUGCCCAUUGCACCAUGACCGCUUUUGCACUCAACAUUCAAGCAUAGUAACUUAAGGGUGGGGGGGUAUUGAGUAAUUGUACCUCACAGACAACAUAUCGCUGCCCAGGUUUUUGUUGGAAUGCUUUGGCUUUCAGUGCUAUAUUGGUACCGUGCAUACAGCAGUGCAGAGCUGCAGUGGUAUGAGCCAACUACAAACAUACCAAGCACAUUGAGCUGUGCUCACUAAGAUGGCUUGCCUGACAGGUGCUUUACGUGCUUCACUAGAUUGUAGAGAGGAGCCAUAAAAAAUGCAAAGCGCAUCCAAUGGAAAUUUUAAGGGGCCUUGCAAUACCUUUUAUGAAAAGUGUGGUAUGUGGAGUCUCCUCACAAAAAUAUUUUCCAAUGCAAAGUUUUUUAAUGCCCCUUGUAUGAAAAGAAUUAGCAAUGAAAUGGUGCCACAUUUUCACAGCCGGCUGCUUUUUAAGCUUCACUUGAAAGGUGUGCUGCUGUGCCCGCUUGAUAAAAGUGUUCAUUAUCGCAUUGAGCGUUUAUAUUGGCAUGAGCUCGAGGCCAGUUGGUGCAACCCACAGUUACAUCCCCCCUGACCUCUGAGGCCAGUAGUAUCAGUGCAGUAGUAUCAAUGUCUUAUCACCAGGUAGUCCCAUCAUCAUAUUGGGGAUUAGACUUCUCUGUUUUUGUUUCUGCUAGAAGUGCUGCUUAUUCGUGGCUUCUAGAGAUAAGCCAGUGGCCACCAAGUUUCUAAGUAUGUGAAUUUGCAAGAAUAUUGGUGAGGACUUCGUAAAGUUGAAAAGUAGGCAACAUACAAAACUAUAGGCUCCCUGAUGCAAGCACAGGAAUGAUAUUGAGCUCAGAUGUCCAUGAUGACAUUGCCACAUGGUGUGAUAGACCAGUGGCUGGAGAAGAUUAUAAAGGGCCAUGCAUCAAUGCGUACGCUGUGUAUAGUGCUCAUGUCUGAGGACUCAACAUCUACUUCUAUUGAGUACACAACAAUUGUGGUGGAGGUGCAGGGUAAGCUCGACUUAUGCACCAGACCCCUCCCAGUAGCAGGAAUGUCGGCCUAUGCUGGCGAUUACACCAAUAAACAGUGCCAGCUGGAAAAUUCGGGGACUUGCCUCAGAAUUUGGACUCCUGUCUGACAAUUAUGACCACAACGGAAGGUAUUGUUGUGUACUCGGUUGAAGUAGAUUUUGAGUCCCGAGGUGUGAGCACUUUACACAGUGUAUGUGUUGAUACCAGUCCUACGCAUCUGUCUUCUUUAGUCACUGGUCUGCUACACCAUGUGGAACUAUUGUCUACCAUUUAAGCAACAUCAUGUACCACAUUCAAACAUACCACAUCUAAAAGGUUGCCGGAUUGACUAGGUCCUUGGUACAGUGAACAGUAUUUACUCUUUCUAAAGUGAAUGACAGGGCAUGUAGUAGUCACCAAUAAGGUCUUACGACAGCCCAACUCAACUGUCACUGUUGGUUGAGUCCGUUGUGCACUAAAUUGCUUACAUGGGGUGCAGAGGGAAUGUUUUUGAAGUCUGACGGGAGGGUGUAUUAUAAAUUGUUGCUGAAGUGUUCGGUCUGCGCAAAUGAUGCCAAGUCUUCUCGCAGCUGUUGCAUUUUGGCGUUUGAUCAAUGCAAAAGAGCCACUCCUCCACUUCCUAUCACCCUUUCCUGUAGUUUGCAAGAUGGUGAAAAUUCGUUGUCCUUUGUGAUAGCUGUGUAUGUUGCCCAUAUAGUUGAACAAAUAGCAUGAAGCAACGUUCCAAGAAGAAUGCCUCCAAGUUGUCUACUUCAAGCAACUGAACCAGGUGGCACUUGGCAGUGUUUGUUCAAGAAAUGAUGGAGAGUUGUGUUGAAAUUUAGAUGCCAGGAAUAUAUAUGGUCAGAUACGCUUGCAUCACUGUUCUCAAACCAGGUUAAAAUUUAAUUAUUGUUUCCUGUUGAUGGCAAUUCAUGUGCGAUUAUUAAUACUACUAUUCAAUGCAUAUCCUGCAAUGAUCACUGAAAUGCACAUGGUGCUGCCAAGUGAAGUUUGACAUGUUGACGAUGACCAUGUUUCUUUGCAGUGUGACUUGCCUUGUUCCAUGUUUCUGUCUGCUUCUGUCAAUAAAUGUGGCCAAAACACAA